UUCUUCCCGCCGGCCGCGCCCGCUGCUCCGUCCUCCCGCACCGACCCGCUAUUCAUCUUCUGUCCCCUCAUCGCCACAUUCCUGUUCCCUGUUAGCAGCCCCGGACCCCUUCUUCGUUUUCCCUUUGCCUUCUCCCCUAAACCUUCCCAUCUCCUUCCUUUCGUCCCCUAUUCCCCUUCUUCAGCCCCUAAACUUCUCACCUCUCCCCGUCCCCUCUCCUUAUCCCCCGUCCCCACCCCUCUCCCUCUUCAUCCACGUCCCCAUCUCUUCAUCCCUGUCAUAACCCCCUUACCCGUCAGCUCCUGAGCCUCUUCUUCAUCCCCAUCCCCUUCUCAUCCCCCACUCCCAGCCCUCUCCCUUCACCCCCUCUCCCCGCAGCCGCCUCUCUAUCCCUACCUCCUUUUCCCCUCACCCGCAGCCUCCCUCUUCAACACCUCUCUUUUUCUCCCCAUCCUCAGUCUUCUCCUCUCAUUCCUUAAUUCCAUCAUUCUCCCCCCUUUUCGCUCUCCUCUCAACGCUUUGUCCCUUUUUCCUUUCCUUUCCCCUCAAUCUCUAACCCUCCCUUCUCAUCCCUAUCCCUGUUUCUUUCUCUUUACCUUUAUUUUUCUUUCUCCCUUAUUCCCCUUCACAUUCCCUAACCCCUCCCCUAAUUCAUCCACUCCAUCCUUCUCUCCUCAUUCUUCUUUCAUUCUAUAACCCCCCUCUUCAUUCCCCAUCCCUUUUCCCCAUCUCCCUAAUCUAUGCCUCUUUCUUUAUUCCCUUCCUCACCCUCUUUGCUCUUCCCUCAACUAAUUCCCCUUCCUUAUCUUUCAAGCCCCAUCCCUCUCUUGAUUCCCUAAUCCUUUUUCCUCAUCCUCUAUCCUCUUCCCUCUCCCUUCAUUUUUUAAUUCCCUUCUUCUUAUCCCUACCUUUCCCCCUCCAUUCCCUAAUCCCUCUUCUUAUCCCCCCAUUCUCUAAAUCUCUUUCCUCAUCUCCCCAUCCCUCUCCCCUUAUUCCUUUAUCCCCUUUCUCCUCAACAUCUGUACUUAUCCUUAACCAUUCCUCAAUCCCCCCCAUCAUUACCUCAUCCCUCUCCCCUCAUUCUUUUAUUCCCUUUCCCUUCAUUCCCCCUCAUAUUCCCAGCUUCUCAUCUCCCUUUAUUAAUUUCCUUUAUCCCUUUCCCUCCCCUCCUACUCUUUUACUCUUUCUCCCCCCAAUCCCUCCAGCCCCAGCUCCUGCCUGGAAGAGAAAAACUGAUUUUCUGUGCCAGGCAAUGCUUGAACAAAGCCCAGACCUAGAGCAUUUGCACCAGCAACCACAGCAGAGAUAGGAGACAGCAGCCGCUGCUGCUGCUUCGUGCCCCAUGCUUGUGCUUUCCCUCCCUUCUCUAGGUUAGCAUCAGGCAGCUGUAUGGCAGGAAGAUGGCAGAGGACAACCAAAGGGUGGAUUAUUUGGCUGGGUUUUGCUGCCCAGUUGGGGGUCUGGCUGCAGGCAAACCCCGGGUGCUGUGCCAUGAGUCAGAAAUCUACCUCUCCAAUGGGAGUGAAUUCGUCUAUAUCUACAACCAAGAGGGAAAGCUGCUAAAUGCUGUAUAUAGGUUUCCUGAUCAAGUCUGGCAUCUGGAGCUCCUUGCCUUACGUAGGGAGCUAUAUGUCCUGUGUGCUCGAAAUGGCAUUUACUGUUUGUCAUUGGACCCUCAAAGCAGGUUGGUGAACCAGACUGAUGGCGAGGAUAAAGAAGGCGAUUUCCCUUCAAGUGUAUUUCCUGUGGAUUCAGACUCCUGUGUGUUCCCUGAUGCUACUCUGUGUGCUUUCACGGUGCUGAAUGACAUCAUCAUCACUCUGGCUCAGGGCCCAUCCAAGUGGAGGAUGAGACUGUUUGAGCAGCCCCAAGGCUCAGAUAGGGACCCCAGGCCAGGGAGCCAGUUCAGUGAGGUGGAGUUCUCUACCUGCAUUUUGCCAUCAGGGAGCAAUGGGAAACCCCUGGCCUCUCGCUUUCUCCCCGUCCUGUGCUGUGCAUCCCCUCCAGGCAGCAGUGUUUUUCACACACCUUGGUGUAGUUCUGGAGGUUUUGUGCUAGAGGAGACCCUCUUUGGUUUGCUGUUUGGAGCAGAUGCUGCACUUCUGGAGUCUCCCAUGAUCCUCUGUGGUUUUCCAGAUGGUCAGCUGUGCUGUGUGCCUUUGAAGGCUCUGUUAUCUCCUGAGAUGGCUCUUGCUGGUCCAGAAACCCCUGUCAAGAUACUUCACCACUUGGAAGAGCCUGUGGUCUUCAUUGGAGCUCUGAGAACAGACCCAAGGAUCCUAGAAGACAUGGAUGAGAAACCAUUAAAUGAAGACACAAGCUGUGAUUGUAUGGUAGCUGUUGGUCACUAUGGCAAAAUGAUGGCCAUUAAGUCUAGUCGGGAAGAAGGAGGAAACUUGGUGCCAGAACUCAGAGAAUACUAUAUUAGGGGACCUAUCCUCUGUGCUGCCUGUGGUGUGGGAAGCCGCAUGUAUUACAGCACCCAUUCUGAUCUUUCUGUGGUUGACCUGGCUUGUAACAGCAACUCUUCAGACCCUGAGAAGAUAGAUAAUACCCAGGGAGUGCUACCUCCAGUUCUGUCUCCAGCCAGUUUAAGUAUCUGUAGCGUUGUGACUCUUUCUGUAUCUUCUAGGGCACCUAAAGGUGAAGCAGAGCUAUUGGCUCUAUCUGCCAAGGGCCGACUGAUGACCUGCAGCCUGGAUCUGAGUUCUGAGGAUUCUCGACCAGUAAGGAUGACCACAGGAAAAGUGGGUCAAAAAAUUAAGGAAUUACUCUCUGGAAUUGGCAACGUCUCAGAGAGAGUGUCUUUCCUAAAGAAGGCAGUUGAUCAGCGGAACCGUGCCCUGACGUGCCUCAAUGAAGCCAUGAAUGUGAGCUGUGCCCUUCUGUCUAAUCGAGAAGGACCAAAGCCCAUUAGUUGUACCACCACCACUGCCUGGAGUCGCUUUCAACUCCGGGAUGUACUGACAGCCACUUGUUUGCUUGAGAAUAGUAGUGACUACAGUCUAGACCAAGGGUGGACUUUUUGCAUUCAAGUGUUUACUAGUUCCUGUGCCUUAGAAGUGGACUCUGUUGGCUCUGCCAUCACUUACACCAUUCCAGUUGAUCAGCUCACUCCUGGCAGUAAAAGGGAAGUGACAUUACCACUUGGCUCCAAUGAAAAUGGCAAAUUAGAUCUACCUGUGACCAUAUCCUGUGCACUAUUUUAUAGCCUGAAAGAGAUUCUAGGCAGUGCUUUAACCUCUUCAGAUUCUCUGGAUGCCCCUUUUUUUGAUGAUUGCCCCCCUGACAUCCUACCUGACCGAGAUGGUAUCUUCUUGCCCCUGGGUGAAUACACUGUGGACAUGCUGCAGUGCCUUCGUUUUCCUAGCCUUGCUGUGGCUGAAGUGCAAGUUCCAGGCCUUCCCAGCCCUACCAGUGACCCUGUGAAAACCUUUUUAGAAGCCUCCAGAGGGCAAGUAGACCCUGAACAUAUGAAGAACAUUGAGCCAAUGGGACCAGACUUCCUUAGAGCCAAGUACCUUCCACCAUCUGUGGCCUCAGUCAAGGUGUCAUCUGAGUUGCUUAAAAAUGCCCUGAAGGAAUAUUGUUCAGAAGUCCCCCUGUGUUGUGCUACUCUCCAAUGGCUAUUGGCUGAGAAUUCCAUAGUGGACAUAGUGAAGACACAGGUGCUGACAGAAGUCCAGGGGGUGGCCCCAGAUGGAAACGACAUCCACCUCCUCGUUCGAGAGGUGGCUGUGACUGAGCUGUGCCCUGCAGGGCCCAUCCAGGCUGUAGAAAUCCAGAUGGAGAGCCCCUCUCUGGCUAACAUGUGCAGGGUGCAUCAUGCAGUGAUCAGACGCAUCCAGGUAAUGAUCAUGGAACAGGCUGCUCAGGGCUCUAACCCACCUGAUCUCCGUGUGCAGUAUCUUCGUCAGAUCCAUGCCAAUCAUGAGAUGCUACUCAAGGAGGUGCAGUUGUUGAGAGAUCGUCUGUGUGUUGAGGAUGAUGCCAGCGCCAGUGCUGCCGCAGAGAAACUCCUCCAAGUCUACAAGCAGCUGCGCAACCCAAGCCUCAUCCUGCUGUGAUCCCUGGCACUGGUUCUUUUAAGCAGCUCUGACAUCUCACCUCUUGACUGCUAGAAAAUCUUCCAUAUGAUCCCAAAGAGUGGGAUUGAAGAUAUCCUCUCCGUUGAGAAGCCAAGCAGUGUGCAGUAAUAGAGGCUGUGGAAAUCUUCUGACAACCCCUCUGGGUGGGGACGUCUAAGCCUGAUGAGGGCCCUUUCAUGCCAGAGAAAGGUUUUGAGGGGUGGAUCUGUUUUUAACUUUUUUGAUAUUAUACAACACCAGAGAAUCAGCUACCCUGUCCUGAAAAGGAACAUCUAGCCCUGCUUAGAGCAGGAUUCAUCCCCAUUCCCACUCACACUUCCCAUUCCCUGCCCAUUUGCUUUCCCUUUGGGUAACUGAGGCUGAAGAGUGGUGAGUGUUUCUGUCAUUCUUAGGAUAACUGCCCCAUGCAUGAAUGGUUCUUGAGCCUUGUACCCAUGGCAUGAUGAGAAUAGGUGACGUAUCUUUUGUGUGUUGCCUGUGAGUGCUAGUUUAGCUUCUGAUGUUCAUAGCUCAGCAGUGGCUUUGUGUUUCACAGUGGAAAGAACCUGUCAUUUCAACCCACGUUCAUAGUUCUCUGUAACAGUGGCCAGAAUACUAAAUAACUCCAUAUUUAGUGAUGUAGAAACUUAGGUCUCUAGCACUGAGUCAUUUUUCUGGGGAUUCUCUAGGGGUAGUGCUCUGGACAAAUGAGUGACUGCCUAUCUCUCUUGCCUCUCCUGUUCUUUCUCACUAUACCCUCAGGCAGAGAUACCUGCCUGCUGUUUUCCCUAGCCCUACACACUUCCAGGGUCCCAGGUGUGGGAUAGGUUUUUGUAUGUUAUUUAAUUAAUUAUAUAAAAUAGAAAGGAAAAAUGGGAGGGGAAAAAAACUUUACCUGCAUUUUUUGCAUUUUUCUCUAGUGGUGGUUUCAGUUGGAUUCAUUUCCUUCCUGUUUAAAGUGCCAGCUCUAACAAGAAAAUUGCUGUGGCUGUUAACCCACGAUCUGUCAUGAGAAUAAUUCUUUUCCACUGAGUUUCUUCAGGUCUUCCUUGCCUUUUUUACCCUGCUCUUCCCUUUCUCCCAUACUCCCACUGCAAUAUUUGAUAUUUGGCAGCUCAACUUGAAUUUCCACUUUCCAUCCUCCUUCCUUUUCUCUUAGGCUUCCCCUUGAGUUCUAUGUACCUCACAAUUAAAGUAGUGGCUGCCUGAAAAGUUACUACUCUGCAUGAAUAAUUGAGCCCCUUUGCUCUGCUCUCCGUGGCCCAAGGGGCCAUUAGGGAAGUCUCUAGCACUUAAAGGAUGAAACCUAGGCAGAGGAAGCAAUCACUCCAGUGCCCUCAUUGUAUUGUGCAUUUCAUGUCCAUAAACAUAAAUCUUGAUGUUGAACUACUUGUCUCCCAAAGUAUCUGGUCCCUGGGGUCCAAGCAGGUUAAUGUAACAUCCUUCCCUGUACCCUACAACUCUGAAAGUGUUGGGGGAACAGAAAGGUUGUAGAGUAGUCUAUACUCCUAGAUCAGAAAGGCCUGGUACCACAACACAGACUGGGGUGAGAAGUUUCUCUUAUCUUGGCUUGUACAAGAGAGAGGGCGCUCUUUCUCAUCAACCUCCCAGAUCAGGCUCUCCUUCAGAAGCUUUUUGUGCCCCAAAAAUGUUUUUGGGGGGUCUGUGAGUAGAUGCCCUUACUGUUCCCAGUUAUCUAUCUGGUGGUUUAGCAUUACAGGGGAGGGGGAGAAAAGAGUUGGGCCAAUUGGAAAGAGACUGGAGUCAUCAUUCUGACACAGAUGAAAUUACAGAAUAGCCUGGGCCUUCUGAUAACUCCCUUAUCCCCAUGUUUGCUUUGGAGACUGCAGCUGGCAAAGUAGGAUUUCCCACCAGCAGAAAGAGCCCUUCCCAUUUAUGUAUACUCACCAUGCCAGCUCUGGCUAUUAUGCCAUAUUUGUAUUUGAGCUAUGGAAAGGUUCAGUCCUCCCCCUCCAAGAUUUUAUGACCACAAGGACCUUGAAUUUUCUCAAUCAACCCAUUUCCACUCUGCAUCUGGGUCAGGCUUUUUUUCUUGAGGGCUUCCUCUAUGUUGACUCAGGUCUCCUAAUUGACCACACAUUUAAUCCCUCUUGUUUGGCCAUAUCAGAAAUUUUGCUAACGCAUAUUGGUUCUUAAUCUUUUUAAUGUUGUAGAUGCCAUUGGAAUUGUAAAGAAGCCUUGGAUCCCUUCUCAGAAUCGUGUGUUUAAAUGCACAAAAUAAAAUACAUAAAGAUUAAGGGAAAUUGAUCACAUUGAAGUAGCUUAUAAAAAGUUUAAGAAACAAGUUCAUGAACCCCAGGUCAAUAAACGUAGCUAGAGAGAGAGGAGCAAGUAGCAGCCAGGGAGAAUACCAGAAAAAACCAAGAAUCCAAAACAAUAUAGGUACCUUAAAUGGAAUAGGUGACCAAAAAAACCUCCAAGGGCCUUGGGCAUCUUGCAUCUGAAAAGAUUAAAUUUUGGGGGACUACAGUUGAAUUUGUCUGUGAGAAUUAUCCACCCCAUUGCCUUUCAUAAUGCGUCUUUAUUUGUCAAUUCAGCAGUUUUGAAUCCCAGGGCUGACAAAUCUAGGUCUCUGGGUCUUUUCAAUCACCCUGCAGGGCUAACCUAAUUGGAUUUCAGCCAACUGCCAGGCAGAUCAGCACUCAAGAGCCUGAGGAGAGACAAGUUACAUGGAGCUUCCUAAGAUAUAAUUUGCUGGUGCCUACUGUAUGUAAAGUGGUCUGUGUCCUUACAAAUGGGCUCUGCUCUUGUUAGCUGCAGUAGCACACUCCCUUAUCGAUUGCCCAUCAGCAAACUGCACUGCUAAUGAAAUACCCAACACUAUGCAGGAGGCAGAAAUGAGGGGGAAGACAAUAGGAUGUGUGAAUAAUCUUAAGUAUUGCUUUCUAACCAGAGCAAGGUCCACAGGGUGAUCUCCAGCCAGUCCCCAGUAAUUGCCAGACAUCCUUGGUUUGAGAAGAGGGACGAGCUUCCCCAGGAUGCAGCUACACACAAUGAAUGAGACAGGAAGUGAUUUUUCCCUAAAGCCAAGAAGUGGAGCACAGAUGGGAACUAGGUGGACUCCCUCUGAGCAGGGAAGGAGUCUGUCUCCCAAUUUCAUAGGCAUUCUAACCUCACUACAAUCUGAUUCUCUUGGCUGAGCUGGAACUGGGAGCUUGCUUGCCAGCUGUUGACCAACUGCUGUAGCAGAAUUUGUGUCCAAAGACAAAUGAGUUAAGAAUGAUUUGGGGUUCCCUUACCUCCUAGGGGGCUGCCAGGGAAACCUGAGUUCAAGUUAUGCUUCUGAUAUAUGCUGACUUGGUGGCUUUUAGCAAGUUACUUAAACUUACUGCUCCAGUCAACUUUCUUAAGUUUCCCAAGUUAUAGAGAAGGUGUUGACCUGCACUACACUACGACAAUUUCCUUACCUGAGAAUUGCCUUUAUUCACGGAAAUCACAGAUCCACUUCUAAUUAUUAUAUAUGUACUUCCAUGUACUAACACAUAUGUUGUAAAACUUAUGCAAAAAAGUAGACAUUUUAAAAGGAUGAGAUGCAAAUGAAAUAUUUAAUCUUAGAGUCAAUAGGAAGCCAUUGGAAUUUGAGAAAGAAGUGAAUCUUAACCCUAGCGUUAGGAAAACCAUUGGUAGCUAUGGAACGGAUUGAAAAAGGGAAAAACUAAGCAGGAAGAUGGAUUAGGAAACGAUUGCAAAAGUCCAAGUAAGAGGUGAUGGAGGAGUAGGGUGGUGCUGAAUUAGAGUGGAGAUGGUGGGAUGAGAGGGGAAAGCCUGUGAAGAAGAUGGAGAUGGAAAUAACUUCUGAUCAGUUGUUGGUAUACAUAGGUGAGGGAAAAUGAAGUUGAUAACAUCUAGGUUUUGAGCCUGGGUGACUGGAAAGUGGUCCCCUACUGAAGUAAGAGAUAUGGAAGAGGGGUGGUUUGGGAGCAAGAUGAAAUCUGUGAUGCAGCUUGCUUUGUAGUAUGUAAAACGAUAUUCUGCUCCACUGAAAAUGAAAGGGCUGGGUAAGAGGGUCUUCAGAAAGAGCCCAGCAGCGGAGAGUGCAGCUAUGAGGUAAUCAAAGAGACAGGAUCUGGUGGGGAAGUUUUCCUUUGCAUACUUUAGACUCAGUACCUGAAGUACUGAAGUACCUGAAAGGCCAAUGCCAGGGGGAACUAGUAAUGUAGAAGAGAGAAGUGUUGAGUGAUGGUGUGUAAUAAAGGGGGUGGUGUGGAUAUGUCCUAUGAUUGGCUAUUACUGGCAGAGCUACUCAUCUACCCACAUAGUAAUUACCAUGCAAUUUCUGAAGUCAUGCCACAAAGCCCACUUUGAAACCUUAGAACCCAGCUUUUUUAACUAGUUUGUGACCCUGCUUUAGAAGACAGAAAUCCAAAGUGGCUGCAAGGAAUAUCAUUAAGGGACUGAUGAUGCUUGAGUCCCAUCAGUACGACCAGAGUGUUAUAUGCUUUUCACCAAUGCCCACCCAAUGGAGAAAGUUUGUUAGCCUUUAAAGGGGAAGAAAGCUCUAGGAUGAGCUAGCAAGCAAACACAAUCCCUUUGUGUUUGAUCCUAUUAACAGUCUUUUGAGUUAUAUUCCAUAGCCAUUCCUGCCUUCCCUUCUCAUCCUCUACACCAAAAAAAUUCUUCCAUAAAAUCUUAAUUUAAAUUUCAUGGACAAUUACAUGUAUUCAAAAAUGUAAUAGGGCAAAUGAAAUUUUCAACACUCAAAUGUUUGCAAAUGGGAGGAUAAUAACAAAUGUCCUAUUUGUUUCCAUGUUUUUCACUAAGAUAUUGUCUUAAUUUUACAGAGCCAGGAUGUCUAGGUUUUUGUUGUUCUGCUUUCUUCACUCUGCCAUCAUUUCUUCAUCAUGUCAUCAUGUGUCUUCUCAUUUCUGUUAAUUUAUCCAGACAUGUGGGGACCUUGUAGUAUAGCAUUUCCUUUCACAGAUGCAGAUCAACUCAUUAACAAUUUAGAAUCAUAAGCUCAUUAGACCUAACCACUAUGUAUGGUGCAUGAAAAGUGAACUAGAUUCAAAUUCAAAGAAUCUGUGUUCAAUAUCUAGCUCUGAUGCCACCUGCCCAGUUUUGAGUAAGACAUUUAAUCUCUCGGUUUCAUGACUGGAUAACUUCUGAGUUCCUUUCACAUAAAAAUGUGAUCCUAUGACUUUAGGGUAUUAAAUCCUCAACCAUACAAAACACAUUCCUCAACAAUCUUGUUGGGUAUGUAGUGCUUAUCAUACCCAUAAACUCCUAAACUUAGAGCUGGAAGCCAUAGUAGAAGUCAUUUUCCAUGCAGACCUUCUUCUCAGCACUCCAACUUUGGAAGGUGGGCUGUGUAUUAACCUCCUGUUGAAAAUAUUCUGUGAGUCUUAACUAUAGCUCAGAGCCUCACCCAUGCAUUUACCUCUUAAUAGUUAACCAAUAAACACAAUUAGCUCAAAAUAGUCAUUUACUAAGAUAAUAUCUUAAUAAUAGUAAACAUUUCUGCCAUUAACCUGAGGCAAGCUUUCCCACAGCUACUUCAAAGAUAGUGGAAUCAGAAGGUACACACAGAGGACAUUAAUAGAAAAAUACAUAUAGCUGUUGCAAAUCAUGUUUCAGAUCCUUAGGAGAGGAUAUAUACUUUCUCUUCCAGAGUGGGAUAUCUCUGCUGGGCAAGUCAUUCCUUUGGGUCUUCUCCUUGAUGUUGCAGUGUCUCCUAAUGGCCAUAUAACUUAAAGAAAUCAUCCUACCAAACCUUUUCAAGAGUUGGUUUCUUCCAGUCAGCUCUUUUCUCUUCAGCCAGAGCUCACAUUUCUGUUUCUUCCUAUAUUCAACAUCCUUACCAGGUUUCCCCAGCAAAUCUGUCUUGCUGGGGAGUAUGGUCAGACCAAAGCUUUGGUCAGCUAAUGGGUGGAUUCCUUCAUUCCAUCCAAUUUGACUGAAGAACAUUUUUAUACACCAUAGAGACAAUUGUAUGAACGCUGCAUUUCAUUUAAGACCUAGGUUGCUUGAUGUCUCUGUUAGCUUGCUCCGCUCCUUCUGUAAUUUUGUCAACUGAGCUGGAGAGAGAAAUCAUUUGAUCAAAGAUGCUCUGAUCAGUUUCCCCCCACCCUCAUGAGAAUCAAGUUUACAAUGUACCAGGCACUGAAUGAAUGCUGAGGAUAGAAAGAAAAAGCAAAAACAGCCUCCUGACCUCAAGGACCUUAUUCCAAACUAUAUACAGAUGAAUAGAGGCCCAUGGAUGUCAAAUAGUUUUUCUAAAGUCAUAUAUGUAGUAAAGUAGCAAGGCUAUUUUUUAUAGGCGAGAAUCUUUUUAUAGACUUUAUAAAUGAGAAACUUGUGGAUUUGGUUUUUAGAGAGAUCCUGAACCAUUUGGCAGCAAAAUUCUUGAAUCAAGUAAACCUGACCAGGCUAGAUGAUUAGGAAAAAAACUAAUUUGUGUAUUGAUGUGAAUAAAAUAAACAACAAGAAUAAGAAAGUAGUUUAUUGGAAGCAAAAUCUUUAUAUUAACUCAGAUGGAGGUCUGAUAUCCAUGAUAUAUAGAGAAUUAUCACAAAUAUAUGAUCAAAAACCACAGUAGUGUGGACAGAGGACAUUCAAACACUAGGCUAAUAUUCCUAUUCACCUCCUCACCUCCUAACGCCUUAGUAUCAUCCUCCAUUCUCUUCAGUCUAAUAUAAGAAAAAGUAACCUUUUCCUCUCUAGCAUCUUCUGCAUGAAGCUGUGAUCCCUUUCCUUCCUAUGUUCAGCAGAUUAUCCUCUUUUUCCCAAUCUUUAAUCUUUAUAAAACUGGAUUCUUCCUUGCUGCCUACAAACAUAUCCAAGUGUUUCCCAUUUUUAACCCUCAUUAGUUCUACCAUUUCCUGAAGCUAUUCUCCAUCUUGACUUCAUUUCUCAGCCAAGCUUCCUGAAGAAACUGCUUAUAUAUGCAUUGUCCCUACUUCUUUUACUUCUCACUCAUCACACAACUGAAACUCUACUGCCUUUAAAAUUAUCAGUGUACCAAAAUUACUAAUCUCUUAAUUGCCUCUGCCCUUAACUUCCUUGAGGUUUGUGGUAUAUGACCUUAUAUACCAUUCUACAUAGCCUCUUUUCUCUAGAAACUAAAAAAAGAGAUUGUAUCCAGGCCAGAUAUACUGUUCCAGAUUAUAUAUCACAAGCAGAAAACAGGACUUCUCACCUGCUUUAAUUCUGGACAGUGUUUCUGUUAGUGUAGCUUUUAACUUAAUCAUGUUAACUUUUUUGGGUUGCAAUGUCACACUGUUGAUUAAACUUUUGUAGACCAUUAAAACUGCCAGAUCUUUCUUUCACAAAAAUUUAUCUAUCUAGAAACUAUCCUGCCCCCCAUCUCUUGCAGUCCACACACCCUUUUAUUUCCAACUUCCUAAAGAUUAAUUAUUUAAAAAAAAAAAAAAAAAGCAAACCUCUUUAAGGUUUG